GGUGCCGAUCCGGUUCCCGCCCCGCACUGGCGCAGACCCUGGGCCGGACCGGGCAGGUCCACGGGGAGGGUCGAUCGAUCGCUCCCUUCCCUUCACCUUCACUUUCCCCUUCCCGUCCCCGCCCCGCCUCAGGUCCACGCCGGGUAAGGGGGGGCUGCAGUUCGCAGGCUUUGAGUUCAGAUUCUCAAGGGAGAAGCUACUGAGUGCUUCCAGAAAAUGGCAGGGAAGAAUGUCCUGAUAGUCUAUGCACAUCAAGAGCCUAAGUCCUUGAAUGGAUCUUUGAAGAGGGUUGCUGUGGAAGAGCUGAGCAAGCAGGGGUGCAGUGUCACAGUGUCUGAUUUAUAUGCAAUGCAGUUUGAGCCAAGAGCAACAAGAAAUGACAUUGUUGGUUUCUUGCACAACUCCUCCGAGUUCAAUUAUGGUGUGGAGGCAUGGGAAGCUUACAAGAGAGGAAGUUUGUCCAAAGAUCUGAUUGAAGAGCAAAAGAAGGUGCAAGAAGCAGACUUGCUGAUCUUUCAGUUCCCCUUGUAUUGGUUCAGCAUGCCAGCAAUCAUGAAAGGCUGGAUGGACAGAGUCUUGGUCCAAGGAUUUGCCCAUGAAUUUCCAAACUGUUAUGAUUCUGGUUUGCUCAAGAACAAAUUAGCCCUUUUUUCUUUUACCACCGGAGGAAGUGAAGAGAUGUAUGCAAAAGGAGGUAUUUCUGGUGAUAUUCGCUAUCUCCUGUGGCCCAUGCAGCAUGGAAUCAUGCACUUUUGUGGUGUCAAAGUCCUUGCACCUCACAUCUGCUUCGCUCCAGAGUAUGUCUCUGAGGAGAAGAGGAAAGAGAUGUUGAUUGCCUGGGCCCAGCGUCUGAAAACCCUUUGGAAGGAAGAACCCAUAAACUGCUCUCCUGACUGGUAUUUCAAGUAAUGUUCAGGUGCAAGACUACAGAAAGAUUUUUUUUUCUUCAUUCUUUUUGGUGCCUUAUCUCAAUAUCUGAAUGUUGAUCUCGUAAUUUGAAUGUAUUAUAAGUAUCUUGACUACUAAAGUUAGCAGCCUAACUGACAAUUUAUUUACCUUGACAAGUACUUAUUUGCUGACAAGUAUUUAUCUUGAUUCCUGUGGGAUUCUUUUCAGUGAUGGGUACAAAACUCUGGGAAGAAUUAUUCUUGCUCAUGUAAACUGUAGCAUCCUGUCUAGAAGUGCUUGAUAACACAAGUGGUAUUUAUUUGCAGAUUAUACUAUUACUUCUUAUGAAACAGUAAAGCACAUUGACAUGUUUAUUUUAA